ACCGGUGACAGAGUGUCGAGCGGCGGUUACAGGGAUCACAGCGCAGCACGCAGAGAGAGAGAGAGAGAGAGAGAGAGGAGGACGUAGGAGCAACGAGAGGAGCCGCUGGAUUUACAGCACAACACCAGAGAGACGGAGGAGAGACUCAGCUACAGGAGAGCUUUAAAAAGAGAGGAAACUAAUCCACACUGAGCAUCUUUAACCCACCGACAGACCUGUAAACAUGGCGGUGACCUUUCACCUUCUGCUGCUGAUCUGCUCAUAUUUGACGGCUGCUCUCAUUGGUGGAGCUCAGAGCUCAGAGGGGGUGUGUCUUCAAGACGGAAAGCACAAGGCCACGCCCAGCCCAGAGCCACACCUGAGGGAGUGUGGGCUGUACGCUGACAAUAGCUGCUGCACGGAUGAAAACAUCCAGGAUAUCUCUCACAUUCCCACCGACACCAACAAGAAUGAACCCUGGGACAAAUGUGGACCCCUGAGCACCGAGUGUGAAGGCUUCCUGAAGCGCGUGUCAUGUUUUUACCGCUGCUCCCCAGACGCCGCCCGCUGGCCGCACCCCCACCGCCGCUCCUACAUCCAGGCCGUCCCGCUCUGCCACAGCUUCUGCCGUGACUGGUUCGACGCCUGCAGGAUGGACCUGACAUGUGCUCGUAACUGGGCCAGAGACCCCAGAGGACAAAACUGCACUGGAAACUGUGUCCAGUACCAGCAGAUGUACCAGCACGGCAGGGACCUCUGCGAGAGCCUGUGGGGGGACGCCUUCAUGACCGUGGAGGACGAGACCGAGGACUCCGGAGCGGAGGGCGGCGGCAGCCGUCCCUGCGGCUGCCUGACCCUGAGCCCCUCAGACAAAGACGUGAUCGCCGCCCUGAGGGCCCAGCAGGAUGACCCCGAGGAGCUGGACACCACCAAGAGCGGCCUGCCACAGUACCGCGCCCCCUGCCAGACCAAGCUGCCCCUGCCAACCCGGAGCAUCAGGAAGGGGAACUCAGUGCUGCGUAAACGCUCCAUCGAGGUGGAAGACGUGGAGGGGAGCGGGAGCGGCCUGUAGGGAGGAGGCAUAGAUAGAACGUUUAGGGGUUCUUGUUUAGAUCCUAAUGCAGAACUUAUCUGGAGUUUGAUCCUCUAACUAACCUUAGACCACAAACCGAUCUCCUGCUUUCAUUAUCAUCACAUUCUGCAUUAAAUCUGGUGAGUUAUCUGAACUUUUACAGACCAAACUUACAAAAUUAAACUUUUAAGGCAAACUGAGUCAAAUCUUACAGGGGGAUUCUUGUGUUUUUCAUCCUGGAGUCUGUUAUAAACUAUAUGUUAGGGUUUGUAAAUAAUCCGUUAGUUCUAAAGGCUUGCAUUUGGUUGCUUUAGCUUCGAAUAUCAGACUUCCAUCACACUGUCUCCUUAUGUUUAGACACAGAGGUGGGCACGCUUCAUCAAAAUAUAACCAAUAACAGCUGAUCUGUUAGUUAACUUUAUUAGGAAUCAUGUUCGUGAACAGAGCAGCUGUAGUUCGAUGUUAGGAGAUCCGUUCGGUGUCGACCAUCAUUCAGUUAUAUAUCUAUCUAUAUUUGACCUCUGCCUCCUUCCUCUAAAGCUUUAUUCUCACAUGCAGCCCUGACAUCAGGGCAUGCUCAUUCACACUUGUCCCUCAGGAAGUUUUCCUGCAGUUCGCCCUUCAGUCUGCAGAUGAGGGAGGGAAAAAUUAGGAAGCGUGCAAGGAAAUUUGCUGUCUGCGUGCAGAUCACCCAGGGAAUUUUCAGGAGCUUGUGCAAGUGUGAACAGGGCUUUAAUCUGCUCAACAUUAACAGAAAUAAGCAUUAAUGUUAGUGUUAAAAACUUUAUAAAGUCCAGCGAUCAGCCACUGGGUCAUCAGUGUGUUUAAUUCUCGUUAGCAAAAAAAAAAACUGCUGUGUUUAAAUAUCACGCCAUGCACAACAAGAAAGUUCAGAUUCUUAAAACUGUGAGCAUUUAAAGGUCCAACAACUCAGAAGCCACAAUCUAAGCACCCGUCAGACCACUGACGAACAAAAGCAAUAAGGUCUGAAAACCAGAAAAGUCACAUUAAAGGAUUUAUUUAGCAGCACGCAACCUUACAGUUUAACAAGUCUUCUUCAGGAUCGUCUGAGCAUGGGGCGCAGGUGGACGAGUGGUUUAAGGUGCGCCCCAUGUAUGCGGACGGCCCGGGUUCGAAUCCGGCCUGAGGCCCUUCACCGCAUGUCUCUCCCUCGCUCUCGUCUCUGUUUCCAACUCUAUCCCCCGUCCUCCUCUAUCAAAUAAAGGCACAAAAUAAACCUUAAAAAAAAAAAAAUCGUUUGAGCAUGUUGGCCUGAAACAUCACUAAAUAAUCCUUCAACAGCAGUUUCCUGGUGUGCAGACCUUCUUUAUUCUUGUUCCUUUUUGCACCCACCAGAGAUGUGGGCAUCUUUUUUUGACAUCCUACUAAGAGUCACUAAAAGCUCAUUAGAAGAUCUGUCCUCUCCUGUUCAUACCACUCCAACAAAACGGUCCUGCUGCAUCAGACAGAAUCUCCAAGCUCGGUUGUGGUGAAAAAGCAAAUCCCCUGCUGCGCUGGGCUGCCAUGCCAAGUCAAGCCAAGCCGCUCAAAUUUAAUGGAAAAGCCUCACAAGAUCCAACACGUCACAUCCAUAAAGAUUCACAGAUCUCCAAUCAUAAUAAAUAAUAGAAACUUUUCUUGAUUCAGUCUGAAAGUAUGCAGCCUUAUGUAGGUGAAGCAGCUUUUCAAAAUAAGAGUUUCUGGGGCUAAGAGGAGCAUUUUUGGCUGUUACAUGAGGUUGCACGCUUUCUUACUUUGUAACUGCCAUUAAAAGAGACUUAAAUGAACAGAAGUUAACAUGCAUGUUAGAAAUUAAGAGAAGACUGAAUGCUGGGUGGAGAUGGCUCUCAUAGAAUAGAUCCUGCAACCAGACGUACCGGUAGCAGGAAUUAUUCCUGGUCUUGGCGCUGUGGUCUCUUCAGCUAGUCUAUCAAAUAAAGGAAAAAAAUUCUUAAAAUAAAAUAAAUGAAAAGCUUAAUGGGAAUAAUAAAGGGAUAACUGAACGUGUGCUCAUCUCUGAGUUUAGGUUUUUAUUGUUAAUAAAAGCUAAAAAAGUAAUAAAACUAGAUCGCCAAAAACAUCUUUGAGAACUCAAACAACAAUAAAACAAGGCUUUACAACAAACAUUAACUGAAACUGUACUUUGUGUUUACAGAAACUUAAUAAAAUCUAAUAAAAUUGUAGAGAAAAUGUCUGUUAUUUCAUUGUUGUCAAUUUAUUUCAUGUUUGCUGAGUAUUUGAGUGGAUUUUUAUCUAUUGUAAGGUUUUUAGCUCUGCUUUUUACACAUUUGUUCAUAUUUUGUAUUUGUACAUAUUUUACAAACAUUUUCUCACUGUUUCGGUUCUUCAGUCUGACAAAGAAAAAACAAAGAAAGUAGUGAAUCUAACAAACCAGCAUUUAAAACUGAAAUGUGCAAACAAAAAGUAAAAAUUGAACAAAACUUCAAAGCUAUGAAAACUUUAGUAGGAGUUAACUAUUGGCUAAUUAUUGUAGGAUUCCACUGCAGCGCUGUUCAACACUAACAACAAUCUGAGCCUGUACGCCGUAAAAACAUGCACUUUUAUGAACUUUACUUUUCACCUGUAAUUGCCCCAAAGGAAUACAUCCUAGUCUUUACAGCUGUGAUGCAGCACAGCAAGUCUGACGCUGUUUACAAUCUACCCGUCAUUUACAAACACAAAAGAGGAUCCAGGUUGAAAAAUAUAAGAAUUCCCCCUUUAUUUCUAACAAUAUUUAAGGUAAAUAUCCUCGUUUCUGCAAGGGCUCUGACCUAAGUGACAUGUCAUGUCAUUUUUCACAUUUGAUGCACAAGCAUUGAAUUGCAAGCCGUAAAGAGGAUAGUUUUCCUUUUUUUAAUUGCAUAUCUGGUAUAAGGUUUUAAUACCAGAGUCUGACUCUUAGCUAUGAUACUAGUAAAACUCUGUCGUAUAAAAACCUCUGCUUGUAUCAGUAUCACAGUGGGAAAAAGAGCUGCCCUAGGCACCAAAUGUUGGGUGAUUUCUUGAUUUUAAAUUCCAUUAAUUGCAGGAAAAGUCCUGCACGCUGUUGAAGUUGCAUCCAACAUUGCUGGAAUUUUGUGCAACUAAGAGUGGUUUCACAUUAGAGACCUACCCUGCAAAAACUUUAAUCUUAGUGAGUGGAUUUGUCUGAUUUCAAGAACAAAUUUACUUGUUAAAUGUCUUGAAUUGUGGCAGACAAACUACCUAAGAAAAUACAUUCAAUUUAAUGAGGCUUAAGCAAAAUCAUGCUUGUUUUAUAGGCAGAAUUUUUUACUUAUUAAAAGCCUGUAGAAUGUUGUUUUAUGCUUCUAAUAUUUUUGAAAUUCUGCAAAUCUACUUCCUCAGAUUUAUUUAUUCUGAGUGUUUCCUAACUGAGCAAAGGUAUUGGGCCCAAGUCUGGGACACUUGUAUGGUUCUGUCUCAGGCACAGUAGGGGGGAUUAUGAAUGCAACUGUGCUCAAGUAUGGGGUACUAAUCAGUGAGGAGUGUUAUAAAACCAUCGUAUCUGUGCAGCAUUGCCUCAUUUUAUUGUCUGAGCUACACAGUACAUGCAGAAGUAGGAAGGAGGGCAUCCUUGGCAUCUUAAAAAUAAUGAAAACAUCUUUAGUAGCCUGCAGGAUGGACUGCCUUGUCUGCACGGAGCACAGACAAAUCUAAGCGUGAGCAGCUGCAUGAGCUGCUUCCUCUUUCCUCUUUUUGCAGAUUUGCAAACCAUGCAUGCAUUUCCGCAUGCAUCACAUGCACAAGCCUGAGCAUGAGGAGCAUGAGAUGAUGUGAAAGAAGACCAUCGGGGGGGAGAUUGCACUUGGGCAUAGUACGAAACAAUCAUGCAGCAUGUGAAAUUAUUCUUAGACUCUUUAGGGGUGUUAACUUUUGGUUGAAAUAGAACUGAUAGUGGUCCACUCCUGCUCUUUAUUCCUAGUUUUCGACUCUCUCCACUGUCCUGUCUUUCCAGUAAAGGCAUAAAAGCCCCUAAAAAAGCCUUUAAAAAGUUACGACUUAAGUCUUUUUGAAAGCUUCUGUACUUUUUAACUCCAUAGAUCAUUAAAGCAAAAGUAAUUCUGCUAUUUUAGAACAUGGUAUCAUAAUUUUAUUAAACGUGACCUGUAUAAAAGUUCUGUUUGACUCAAACGAAUCACCAGUGUUGUGACAAAGAUGUAUGGACUCCUACAGUAUUGAGUCAAACCUGAUUAUCCAGCAGAGUAUUCAUGGCAGUAUUGUUCCUAUUAUGUACCUGCAACAGCACUUAAACUAGCCUGCUACUCCUCAUAGACACCGACUUUAAUCUGUGCAGUAGUCGACCAUUGGGUACUGUUGUGAUGCUGUCGUACACUUUCUAAUGGAAAUAGUGAUUAAAAUAUGAAUGUAACCUAGGCUUUCUAAACGUAAAGGAAACGAUGGAGGAAUAA